AUGUCUAGUGUGCUCCUCUCUGAUGCCCGGUCCGGUCUCAUGCUGCUGCCAGUCUCCUCUGCUGCUGCUGCUGUUACUGCUGCUGCUGCUGCUGCUGCUGCUGCUGCUAUUGCCGUGGUGUCGAUGAAACAGAUCAACCGACUAACCACCACCUUCUUGCUUCUACAGGAGGUGCUGAACCAGACGGUGGUGCUGUCGCUGCCGGACGUGGUGAAGCUGUCGCGGGCCGGGGAGGGCGUGGCGGGAGUGGAGGAGGUGGGGCGCCUACUGCUGCUGCUGCUGGGAUGUGCCGUGCAGUCCUCAAGGAAAGAGGAUGUAAUAGACAACAUCAAGAAGCUCGACCUUGACACGCAGCACUGCAUUGUGGAGUGUAUCAAGGAGGUGACUGAGAACCCCGAAGCAGUAUGGCCAGCAGAGUGGGGGCAGGUGGAGGCGGUGCCGGAGGAGCAACAGGGUGAGGCUUACGCCCUUCUGGUUCGCCACUGUCGCCGCCUCGCACAGGAACGCGACGCCCUCAACCAGGACCUGCUGCGGGCUCUGUGCGGCGAGGGCGGCGAGGAGGAUGCGUCCCAGGAGAGUGUGCACCACCUGGGCGUCCAGCUGGCUGACUGCAAGGCCCAGCUGCGGCGCCUUCGUCAGGAGUACGAUGAAAAGGCCGAGACAGCGCUGGAAUACAAAGAUGAGCUGGAGCAGACCAAGGCGACGGUGGCCAAGCUUCGUCAGGAGAAUGUGGAGCUGGUACAGGACGCGAGGGCAGCGAGGGCGUGGCGCGACGAGGCGGACAUCAUGCGGGAGCGAGCAGGGCGCGUGGAAGCCCUGGAACAGGAGGUCACCAGGUAUAAGGACAAGAUGGUCGACAUUGAGUUCUACAAGACCAGAGUGGAGGAGCUGCGGGAGGACAACAGGAUCCUGGUGGAGACGAAGGAGAUGCUGGAGGAGCAGCUCGCCUCGUCCCGGAGGAGAGCCGAGCAGGUGCUGGACUUGGAGAACGACAUCCUGCAGCUGAAGCAGACCAUCAACCAGAUCACCAUCGAGCGAGAUGCGGACCGUGAGAGGCUGCAGGAGCUCAUGGAGGAGAAUGCACAGCUCCACCUCAGCACCAAGAACUCGUUGAGUGAGUCUGCCACUCUGGUUGCCCAGCUGGACCACCUUAAGUCCCGCCAGCUGGUCAACGGCACCAACAUGGGCAACGAGCUCAUUGGGGAUGCCCAGACGCGGGUGCUCAAGCUGCAGCUGGAGAACCAAAGACUGGAGGCAGAGCUGGAGCAAAUGAAGCGUGACAACUCCCUGGGUUCAGUGGACAAGCUGCUGGAGCUGGAGAAGGAGAACAAAAGACUCUCCCUCAAGGUGAGUCAGCUGCAAGAGUCAACCCAGAAGGAGAAGGUGCAGCUGGUAGAAGCCCAGGAUGAGUCAGAGAAGAAGCAUCAAGAGAUCCAGCGACUCCACCAGACCAUCAACACAGUCAAGACCAACUCCCAGCGGCAGAUUGAUGAGCUGCAGCAAGAGAACACACAACUGCUGGAGCUGACUGAGACACUACGGGAGAGGCAGAAGAAGUCAACUGAUGCUCGACUGGUGGAUGUGGAGGCAGAGAACAAGCAGCUGACAGACCUGAACUUCCAAUUACAGAGCCAGGUAUCCAGACUGGAGUACGAGAAGCAACAGCUGAACAGACUCACUGAGCGCCUGAGAGAGUCAGCGGACAAGCUGUCUGAGGUGGAGCACCAGAAGACAGAGAUUGAGAGGGAGAACCGAGACCUGCACAAGACCAUCACUGCACUGAGGGAGAGCUGUGAGCGCCAUGAGACCCUGGAGCAGGACUACACCAGCCUGGAGGUGGAGUACUCACGGGUCACCAAGAUGCUCUCCAACAUGAAGGAAACUGUGGCCAAGUUGGAGAGUGCACAGAGCGACAAGCUGCAAAUGCAGUCUGAGGUAGAGCGACUCAACCGCUCAAUGGACAGCCUCAAGUCAUCCUCCGUUCGCUUUGCUGACCUGGAGAUGGAGAAGGAGGCCCAGGUGCAGCAGAUCAACCUCCUCCAGAAGCAGCUGACCUCCAUGAAGGCCGAGAGGAGCCGGGCAGAGCAGCUGGAGCUGGACCUGCUGGCCACCACUAAUGAGGUGCAGAAGAAGAACCGGUCCAUCGAAAACAUCCAGAAGAAACUCUCAGAGACGGAGAAGGACAAGACGGAGCUGGAGAAUGAAAACACAAAGCUCCAUAGAACCGUAGAGACUCUGAAGCUUUCCACCAAGAAGCUGAAUGAGCUGGAGAGAGACCUGACAGAGAUGGAGGGAACCAAUGACCGCCUGGACAGAGAGAACAGAUCACUCCAGAAAGAGGUGUCAAGACUGCGCAAUGCCAUGGAGGUGAAGGAUGGUCUUAUUGAUGAGGCAGCCAGCAAGACGUCCACUCUGGAGAGGGAUAUCAAGAGGUUGAACAAGGAGGUGGAGCAUCUGAGAGGCAGUGACAACAGAGUUCGUGAAGUGGAGAAAGAGAAGAGAGAACUUGAGCAGCAGAUAAUUACUGAACGCAAGACUCUCAACUGUCUGAGGGAGGACUUGGUCUCAGAGAAGGUGAAGACCCAGCAGCUCACCAACCAGCUGGACAGCCUCACUGCAGAUCUGUCCAAGCUCGGCCUCAACGCCAACAACCUCACCGCACCAAACUCCGACAGCGACUCAGACUUACAAAUAUCAAGAAUAGUUCGCAGCACAAUGAAAUUAAACAGCCGGUACAAGGCCCUGGAAUCCAUGUUGGAGGAGACGCUGAAGAGAAGCGUGGAGGUGCGGGAGGAGAAGAUCGCAUCCCUGGAGUCUCGCCUCAGUGAAUCAGUCAACAGAAACAAGGAAUUGCGUAACCAGCUGCUGGAGGUGAAGAGCGAGCUGGAGUCCCUGAGGCAGCGGCACCAGGAGGAGGGCGCCAGCCUGAGCGAGGAUGUGUCCCGUGAGGUGGCCAAGCUGAGGGAGUCCAUGUAUCGAGCCAAUGAAGAUAAGGUGAGCCUUGAAAAUGAGAUCACUGAACUCAAGUCCCAGACGGCCAGUUACCGGGAGCAGGUGUGUGCCCUGCAGUCCCAGGUGACCUCACUGUCCAACCAGAACACCGUCAUGUCCCAGCACAACGCCAAGCUGCAGGGAGAGAAUGCCCGCCUGCAGGUGGAGAACACAACGCUGCAGUCCCAGUCGGCUUCCCUCAUCGCCCAGAACUCAGCUCUGCAGUCCACUGCCACCCAGAUGGACGCUGAGAAGGACAAGGUGCGGCGGUCGUGUGACGAGCGAGGCAGCCGCCUGAGCCAGCUGGUGUCAGACCACGAGGCGCUGCAGCGGCUCCACCAGCAGCUCACCCGGGAGUAUGACAGCCUCAUUAAGGAGCACAACCACCUCAAGAGUGAACACAAGACCCUCAGGCUGGAGCACAAGGAACUCAAGGAGCAGCAGAGUACCAUGUCAGCGAGUGAGGAUGACUUGCUCAAGCUCCGGGAAGUGCUGGAGUCUGAGAUGACCAAGCUCAAGUCUGAUUCUACCACACUGGCAAACCUGCGCAGCGAACACUCUCGCCUCAAGGAUGAUUUUCGAAGCCUCUUCUCUGCCAACGAGAAGCUGCGGACCGAGUACAAGUCCCUUCAGGGUGACUAUAAGAGCAUCAAGACAGAAAAUAACACAGUGAAGCUGCGACUGACGGAGCUGAGCGGGGAGCUGAAUGAGGCACGGGACCAGAUGGCAGCUUUGGAUGUGGAGGUGUCCAAGCUCACCAACAAGUGUCAGGUGCUGCAGACCCUGAACCUGACCCUGGAGGAGGACCGGCGCUCCCUCAUGUCUCAGGUGUCACUUCUGCUCACCCAGUACCACGACCUCCUCACACAGACACUCGAGGACAAGCAGCACUUCCACCAAGAGGAGAAGAACUUCACUGACAAGCUGAACAAUCUGCGUCGAGGGAAGGAGAAGCUUGAAGAGAAGAUAAUGGAACAAUACCGCCGCAUGGACAAUUCCCCUUCCAAAAAGUUAUCCCCGGGCUGUGUGCCGUACUCGAAAGGCUUCGGCGUGAAUCUUGUGCGGCGGGUGCGCCGUGCUGGUACGGAGCUCAUCAGCAAGGUGCCGCGGAGUGGACGGUCAAGGUCCCGGGGACGUGAGGAGGGCGGGGAGAGUCCAGACUCCUCCUCUCUGGGCUCCUCCUCCCACGCCAACGACUCCAUGGACUCAGGCUCCGAGACUAGGCGCUCCUCCCCAAACCUGCCACCCUCCCCCACCCACAAUGGGGAGGCAGGGGAACAGGGCACCCUCAAGGAGACCCAGACCCCCAACAACCACAGGAAGAGUCUGCCACCUGCCCUCAGUGAUGCCUUUGCCUCUCAGGUGCUCAGGGGCUCCAUAUCAUCUGAGGACGUGGUGAGCCUGAGGUCCGGGGAGGCCAGCGAUGGGCACCACGAAGACUCUCUCUCCACCGUCACUGCUGGUAGCAGCAGUGCCGAGCUCCGCCGCGCUGGUUCCCGCCGACCCGUCUACCUCACAGAAGAUGCAGACUCGGUGUCAGUGCGGGAUGGGGUGCCUGACUCGGUGGUAGACAACCAGAACCGAGGCCGCUCCUCAACCCGCAGCUCGUCGUCCAUGAGUCAGCCCGUGGCCAACAGGAGCUUCAGCAGUGUGCACAGCAGCCUGCCAGCGUCCCGUGCUCAAACCCCCGGGGGAGGCACCCCACGGGCCUCCACACCAAAGACAAGCUUGAGAAAAGAGCGCCCCUCUGAUGACAGUGCCCCACCCACCCCCCGACUGCCGCCCCGAGCUGACCACAUCACAAGUGCCCCACAAGUCCCUCCGCGGGCUCGGCGAGGAUCCAGCAUCAUUGCACCAGACUCCCCUAUUUCUAGUCAGUCCACUCCUCCUGAUCUUUCUGACCCCAAGCCUCCCAAGCCUCCUCCCCGCCCACCCCCUAAUGAGGACACGCCCCUCAAGACAGAGAAGGACAUUGUUGAUAACUCGGUCUGGUAUGAGUAUGGGUGUGUCUAGUGGCGGCCGGGGUGGAGAGUGGCGACAAUACUUUGAUCAAACGUUACCUGCCAUGCACAGGUGAAGCUGCAUCCCCAAGGCUGCAGGGCCACACCUAACAGCCUGACACCUCCACACACUUAGUUCAUAUGAGUAACUUGUCUGAUGUCUUCUGUUUGGAAUCACUUGACUUCCUUGACCAGGGCUACACCUAACAGACCCUGACUCCUCCACACACUUAGUUCAUCUGAGUAACUUUUCCAAUAUCUUCCAUUCAUAAUCACUUGACUUUCACAAUCUUGGAGUAUGUUUUGAGAGAUGCUGUUUUGAAGCAUUGCAGAUACAAGUAUAAAGACAUAAAUUAAGAAGUUUCCUAGUCUUGUUGGUAAAUUAAGAAGUUUACUAGUCUUGUUGGAGGCCUUGCCAUUCCUACUUACACAAGUAUUGAGAUUAUAACUACAGCAUCUGCUCUGUACAUAGACACAACUAUACAUACACACAAACAGAGAAGAUCUAAUAUUGAGGUAGUAAAGAGAGGCUGGAGACUUGAGAUAACACAUGAAAGGUCUAGGAAGGAGAAAUGCUUGAAUGACAUGAAAAGUACAGAUUCCUACAUAUAAAUAUGGAAUAGGCAACAGAGGCAAGGAAUGUGCAUCAGCUAUAGAGAAAUAAGACAGAUAGAGAUGCAGAGAUGAUCACACGAAUACAGCCAGAUAAGUACACAUAAACACAAUAUGAUAGACUAAGCAUAAAUCCUGUCCAUCCAUCCAAGUUUCAUCUCAGGUCGUGCCAUCCUUCACAGACACCUGACAAAUGUAAAUACACAUGCACUUGUUGGCCACCUUUGCUUUGUUGGCACUCAGUGAGACCUCAUAUGUUAGAGAUCUUAAGUAAAUAUAAACAAAGGACAUAUUUCAUUGGGAAUGUUUGUACAAGUCUUGGAGGGAAUGAAAGGCUUUUUAAGGAUGAGUGUGCCACGUUUGCAUUGUUGACAUUCAGUAAGACCUCAUAAAGCAAAGGAUGUAUUUCAAGGGGAGUGUUUGUACAAGUCACAGAAAAAAUGAGGAUCUUGUUAGGAAGGACCUGCAGCCUCAGGGAUGUCCAGCUUACUCUCACCAACUGGCUGAACUGUAAGUCAUAGGCCAGUUACUUGUCACUAGAUAUUAGCAUGUUUCCCAAAGCUAUUUCCCCCUUGUGUGUAUCAGCUGUUGUACAUGAUGCUGUAAUUCAAUAUCUACAUACCUUUCCUCUCUUUUUUUUUUUGUCUGCCAAGGCUUACCAUACUCUGUUAAUAAAGCCUUAGUGUUGUAUAUGUCUAAAGGUAGGAUGACUAAUAGAAAAACCAACCUGCUUCUGAGGAUACGCCCCACACCGACUCUUAAUCUGAAGUAGUGAGUGAUUCGUGGUAUUAUAGGAAAAUUAAUCCUGUAAAUGAUGUGCAUUGGUGUCACAUUUUGUUCAGCAUAAAAUGUAGUGCAUCAGAAUUCAUGCAGAUCUCAACUUUUUUCCUAUUUUAUUUUAUUUUAUUUUAUUUUUUUCUUGUCAUAGGUGAGGGCCAUUUAUAUAUUUAGCUUAGUAUUUACAAGACCUGCAAAUGACUCAUGGUGGAAUCCUUCAUGUAUUACAAUAACUUGACAUCAAUAGUUGUGACUGCUAAGCCAUCUCAAUGUUUGGUUUAAUGUUGUAUAAGAAAAGAAACUGAUGUAAGAGCAACUUUUAUCAUGGGAGUUCAGAAGCUACUCCUUCCUUCUGAACUACAGUGUGGGGGCCAAGACACUGUAUGUACAUCAAAAAGAAAUAUGUAGUGUUCAGGAAUAACCAUACAUGCUAUUUCCUGUGUGUGUGUGAACUGCUGAAGUAGGGAUAAGCUGUACACUUCAUGGAAAAACUGAAGCUUUUCUUAAACAUGUGGUCAGUGUCUGUCUCCUGUCCCUCAUCUUCUGACUUUAUACCUUUCCGUGGGUCUUGGUGAGGUAUUGUAAGCUCAGCAGGUAUCUGGAUGGCCCUCACCGCAGGGAGUGUUUAGGUUCUCCGUGCUGCACCAAGUGUUUUACAGACUUUGUGAAUUAUUUGUAUAUACAUUUCAGAGCACAAAGAAUUCUUUGUACAUACAUCUAUUUAGUUUUUUAUUGAAGUUUUUAUGUAAGCCAACCCAUGAUUUUUCUACAUUUUUGUAGAAAAAUCCUAAUGGCUGUAAAUGUACCUUGUAAUUUCAUUAUAUACCAUUAUCAUAUCAUUUUUUAUGCAUUAUAUUCAUCAGGCAAACUAAACAAUAGUCAUUCAUCAUUGUAUGGAGGAUUCCAGACUGUGGGAUGCUCCUUUGGCUUGGGAAGAUGUUGAAUUAGGCUUGGUCACAGUGAGUCCAGCAGCGAUUACUGUCAUUAUGUCUUUGCUCGUCAAACUGGUAUCUUGAGUCACAUCAUAUUGUUCCCUGUGUAAAAUAUCCAUGCAACUUUUUUUUUUUUAUUAAGCUUAAUGCAGUAUCAAAAGUGAA